CUGUGAGAGUGAGUGAGUCUCAUUUGUUUAGAGAAGCGCACAGCACGAAAAGGAGUCUCAAUAAUGUCUUUCGAUCUGUCGUCAGCCAUAGGUGGGGGUGAAGAUGAGCUGAAGAAGGAAGACGCUCAGAAGGAUGAGAUUAGUUGGCCCUGGAAAAGCAAGGAUAAGGAGGGCAGCAAGGGCAAGUCUGACAAAGACGGCAAGUCCGACAAAAAGGAAAAGUGUGGCAAAGACGGCAAGUCCGACAAAAAGCACAAGUCUGACAAAAAGCACAAGUCUGACAAAGACCACAAGUCCGACAAAAAGCACAAGUCAAAAGGUGACGGAGGCCACAAGAAGAAGGACAAGAAGAAAAAGGAAAAGGGAGAAGGAGAGCAAUCAUGCUCAGGCUCAGGCUCAAGCUCCGGCUCCUCAUCUUCAUGUUCAUCUUCCUCCAGCAGUGAUUCGGAUUGAUGCUUCGGUGGAGAGCGGACUGCUAUGUUAGUCUCUUGUGAUCUUGUGUAUUCAACAAAAUGA